UUAUACUCUGAUUUUUUUUUUUCUCAAUUUCUUCUUCCUUCUUGACGGCGCUUCUGCUUUUUUGUUAUUCCACUGAUCCUCUGCCAAAGUUUCUUCCUUUCCGAGCAAGAACACGAAACGGAUUCAACCCUCGAUCAGGGUUUCAGCCAGAAGUUUCUCUGCGUGAAGAAUGUGUCAUGGGUUUCUCGAUUCCGAUUGAUCCCGUCCGUUAAUUCUUCAGAUUUUGAUUCUUCUCGCGCGUUCGAGGCAAUGCACGUCCUUGUCGUCAAUUGCGUUUGAUUGGUUCUCUCGCAGAUCGUGUCCGAAUCUGGGGUUUCCGUCAUUUGUGGUCAUCUUCCCCUUUUUCUGCUUCGGUUUGUGCAAUCGAUCGGCUUCUUCUAGAUUCUGUACUUGAAUAAGCUGAUAGUUUAUCAAGGUUUCAUAUCCCAAUUCAUCGCAAAAAUUUGGGUUCCGUUUCUGGUUUCUCCUGCUCCGAUUUGGUUUUAGCAUUGGCCUUCAGCCUCUUGGCACUUUCCGGAGAAUCAAGAGGCUUUUUUUUUCCAGAUCCUUCUCAUCUCCUGUACAGAAUUAAGGGAUAUGGUACUCAUUUACCUCAAAGUCUUGGCGUUUCUAUGCACUGUCGGAGCUAUCGGUUUGGCACUGCUCCAUAUUUACAGGCACCUCUUGAAUUACACAGAACCGACUUAUCAGAGAUUUGUUGUGCGCAUCAUCUUCAUGGUCCCGGUCUAUGCCUUGAUGUCUUUCUUGUCUCUUGUGCUGCCCAGAAGCUCAAUAUACUUCAAUUCCAUCCGAGAAGUUUAUGAAGCAUGGGUCAUUUAUAAUUUCCUGUCAUUGUGUUUGGCAUGGGUUGGAGGCCCAGGAGCAGUUGUCUUAAGUUUAAGCAGCCGGUCGCUGAAGCCAUCAUGGUGUCUCAUGACGUGUUGCUUCCCACCACUACCAUUGGACGGGCGUUUUAUUCGACGGUGCAAGCAAGGUUGUCUGCAGUUUGUAAUUUUAAAACCAAUCCUUGUUGCCGUCACACUUGUACUUUAUGCAAAAGGGAAAUACAAGGAUGGGAAUUUUAACCCUGACCAAGCUUAUCUCUACAUUACCAUCAUCUAUACUGUGUCAUAUACCGUGGCUUUGUACGCACUGGUGUUAUUCUACGUGGCCUGCAAAGACCUGCUUCAGCCCUUUAAUCCAGUCCCGAAAUUUGUGAUAAUAAAGUCCGUUGUCUUUCUGACCUAUUGGCAGGGCGUCCUAGUUUUUCUUGCCGCUAAAUCUGGAUUGAUAAGGAAUGAAGAGGAAGCAGCCCUCUUCCAGAAUGUUAUAAUAUGUGUCGAGAUGCUAAUUGCUGCCUUGGCUCAUUUCUAUGCAUUUCCAUAUAAGGAGUAUGCGGGUGCCAAUGUCGGUGGGGCACGCGAUUUCACGGGAAGCCUGACACAUGCUGUAAAACUAAAUGACUUCUACCAUGAUACUGUUCACCAGUUUGCCCCUACUUACCAUGAUUAUGUGCUGUACAAUCAUAACGACGGUGAUGAGGGGACAAGGAAGUACAGGUCACGAACUUUUGUGCCGACUGGCCAGGAGAUGGAUGCUGUGAGAAAACAGAAAGAUAUUUAUGGAAACAAGGUAGACGGUGUUUCGCUCUCCAGCCACUCAUCUUCAGGAACAAUCACUCCAAAAAUUCCUAGCACGAAUUCUGAUCCAGCAUGCCCUGAUGCCAUGAACUCUUCCUUGCUCAUCGAUGCCUCGGACUCACUUGCCACAAUGUAUGACAUGUCACUCAUUGAUAUUGAUAUACCAAGUUACCCAAGCGAGGUCCCCCCUGCAAAUGAAAGUGGGACUAGGUAGAAGGGGGAGGAAAACGUGUAAAAAAACACCAUAAACAGGUAGGGAUGUGUUCUAGCUAUCGAUACUUGGGUUCUGAAGGAGAGCCACUGCCUAUGAGUCGCCGGCUCAUUCUUCAACAGGCACGCGUUUUGCCACUUUCUUUGAACCCCACUGGUUGCUCCAUGUAAUUUUCUCCCUUCCGGUCGAGCACUUUGUUCCUUACUUUCCAGUCUUUUUCUGAAGUUCCUGAUAGAUUACUCUACUAGAGAAGAUACGGAAUGGUCAGAUUCUGAAUGUGAUCUGGUUUGCUCUUAGCUGGAAGAUUUUUUGUAGGAGAUAGGAGAUAAGUGAACCCCCCCUUUUCUAAAGACCAGUUCGUGUAGAUGUAAAGCAUUGUUGUUUAUGAGGAUGAGCCCUCCCCUGUUUCUAGGUACCUCCUUUGUUAGAUACAAAGAAUAAAAGAGCAGUCUAAACCCUGGAUGCUAGCACGUUCUUUAUAGGGUGUACCCUUGUUAGAGCAGGAAUAUUCUUCAUCUUCCAUAUCCUUCUGGAUGGCGAGCAAUCAAUCCCCCUCUUUCAUGGUGUCUUUUGUGUUCUUGGUGUUGCUCUCUGGUGGUCUGAGUGCAGGCGAAGAAAUUGAGACAACUAAGACAUCAAGGCAAAGGGGGCAGAGGAAUAUGUUCUGUUGUUGCUUGUUUGGUUUUGUUUUUAAACAAAAAUGGGUGUUUACUUACUUCCCGAAUGCAAUGUGUUUUGUUUUGGA